UUUGUUGUAUAUAUGCGUUUUCUGUAUGUAAAUUUCUAUGCACAUUACAGGGCUUUUAUUAUGAUGAGAUCGCGUGACGUCACAAGUAUGCGCCGCGCGAUUCUGCUGAAGAAAGAUUGUCCAAACACACACAAAAACUCCUGGUGAAGCAACUAAGAUCCAUGUGUCACACUGUUAUAAAGAUGGCGUUUUUUAAAGAGGAGGCUGAAGACAUCAAGAUUGAAGAAGUAUUCAGUCUGAAACAAGAAGAUACUGGGGAACAAACAGACCCAAUAGCGCUGAAAGAGGAGAGUGAAGAACUGCAUGAAAUGGAGAAUAAAUAUUACUAUGAGGAACAUGACGAUUUCAUAACUGGAGAUACUACUACCUGCUCACAGACUAAAAAGCCUUCCUCGCGAAAAAGAGCUCAGAAGAAAGGAACUACAAAGGGUUUCACUUGCCAAGAGUGUGGCAAGACAUUUGACCAAACUGGAAACCUUAAAGUUCACAUGAAAAUUCACACUGGAGAAAAGCCUUACACCUGCCAACAGUGUGGAAAAAAAUUUUCUAAAAGAGAAGGUCUUACAGUCCACAUGAGAACUCACACUGGGGAGAGGCCUUACACUUGCUCUCAGUGUGGACAGGGUUUUAAACACAAAGGAAACCUAAAUACUCAUAUGCGAUGUCAUUCUGGAGAAAGUCCUUUUACCUGCCAGCAUUGUGGAAAGAGCUUCUCACGAAAAGAUGUGUUUAAGAGUCAUAUAAGAAUUCACACGGGAGAGAAACCGUUUGUAUGUGGUCAGUGUGGAAAAAGUUUCAGAUGUAAAGUAACCCUUAGUAAGCACAUGAAUAUUCACUCAAGAGAGAACUGUUUUAGAUGUCAGCAGUGUGGAAAGUGUUUCACAGACAAGAAAUUGCUUAAGGAUCAUGUAAAAUCUCACCUCGGAGAAAAGCCUUGCAUGUGCCCCCACUGUGGAAAAACUUGCACACACAAAGCAGUCCUUGAGGUUCACUUACGAGUUCACACUGGAGAGAAACCUUUCACCUGCGCUCAGUGUGGGAAGAGUUUCACAGUUGAAGGAAAUCUGAGGACUCACAUGAGGCUUCAUACUGGAGAGAAGCCAUUCAAAUGUCUUCAGUGUGAGAAGAGAUUCACAUACAAAAGAGACCUGAAACUUCAUUUGCAAUCUUAUUCUGGAAAGAAAUGUUCUGGCCAUCACCUUAGCCAGCUAUGAGGACACCAGUGUCUGGUCCUUUGUAAAUUUUUCAUGUUCCAAAAUAAAAUUUCUCUAAAUGACAAAUUUGCUGUUUAAAACUUCUCAUAUGAGUGUUUCCAUGUAUAAUUCAGUUUAGUUUGUUAGAAUAUUUAGCAUCUGUGGUAUGACAAUGAUCGCUGUGAGUCACUGGCGGAGUGAAAGAGAGUUGAGAAAGUGAUAAGUGAGAGUGCACAGUCUCCAUCAUGUUGUCAGAUCCAGCUAUUCUAAGCUUCUAUGGACUUAUCUUUUGUACUUAAUUUUACACUUUAUAAAGCUGCAGUUUAAGGCUAGCGAUAUCUUUAUCGUAUCAGUAAUACGUAUUGUUGCAUGAAUAAUAAUCAUCUGAGCAUCCACCCCUAGCCUGUAUUAAAGUAUAAACACAUUUUUAUGCAAUAAAUGUGGUAUAAUUUAAAAAUGUUCAUCUCUCUAAAACAGAGAAACUACCAUGUUGCCAGAUUCAGCUAUUAUAAACUCUUGGACUUGUCUUUUCUACCUAGUUUGACACACAUUUUAAUAAAGCUGAAUGCUGCAGUUUAGGACUAGUCAUAUCUUUGUCAUAUCUUGUUUAUGAAAGAUUUGAACUGAUUUUACUUUAGUUUUUUUGGUUUUUCGCAACCUCUUUUGCAACUUUUCUUUCUUUUGAAGUGUUAAGUGUAUAUAAUGAGUUGUGUUUGUAGGGGUUAUUAUAGCACAAUUCUUAACCCCACCCCAGACCUCACUCAUUUUCAAACCCUGUUACAGCCAUGGUUCUGGCAAGAGGUUUACAAAAGAAUGAAUGAAUGGAUGAAUUAAUAUAUUAAUUAAUGAAUAACCUUUGCAUACACUCUAGGAGAAGGCAAUUGUGUUUAGUGUAAUCAAAAUAAAAUGUUGCCAUCACUAGGGUUGCCAACUUCAGAAAAGUAAAAUAAAGGAAUGUUCUGUAGUAUUUGUACUGUACCACAGUGUUUGUCAUUUCCUUGUCUGCAGUGAAGUAUGUGUAUAACAA